CACACCAUUCAGAGGUAUCUCACAACAUCUUUGUUGGCAUUGGCAAUCUCAAGUUUCACCUUCUAAGCAAUGGCCAAAACACUUUUCAAACUCACUGCUGUUCUUUCUCUGCUCAUCACUCUAUCCCUUCACUACCAAAUGGCCUUUUCAACUCAGUUAACUUAUGAUAAUGAUGAUGAUGAGGGUGAUGAUAAAGAGUACUAUGAAGUGGAUACCCCUUUUCCUCAUUUGACAUCAAGAAGCAGGUUCUUGGCAACAGUAAUAAAGAAAGGGGCACACUGCAAUCCCUAUUAUAAGAACAUCUGCAAUGGGAUUUCAGCAAACAAAGGGACAGAGCUCCUAAAUUGCUGCAAGAACAAAUGUGUGAAUGUUAGGGGAGACAUGAACCAUUGUGGAAAGUGUGGAAAGAAGUGCAAGUAUGGAGAGCGUUGUUGUGGUGGAGUUUGUACCAACAUAUUGAAAAAUAACAACAACUGUGGCAAGUGCAACAAGAAGUGUAAACAUGGGAUACAUUGCAGGUAUGGGUUUUGUGGGUAUGCUUGAAGGGUACUACUAGAAUGUUAGAAUUCGUUCAAGCAUUUUGAAUUAUUUAAGGAUUCUUUGAAUAAGUUCAGGCUAAAUAUUUGGCUUUCAAAGUGGUUGUUAAUUAAUUUGGAUUGGUUUUUGUAUUUUGUUUUUUUGUCAAGAGUACCCGUUUGAUUAAA